CGCUCUGAUAUCCACCGCGCAUGCGAACUGGGGAAUACACAGCAGGAAAACAUACUAGUUUGCCUGAUUUUGUUCUAGUUUGUCCACUUGUGAUCUUUGUGAUGGUUGAUAUUGCCCUCAAGAAAACAACACACCAGACCAACAGACCAAACAAGCAAGAACUAAGUGAAUAUCAACAUGCCUGCCAUAUUUGUUUGUUAUGAAGCCUUCUCUUGAUUAUAAAUGUUUCUCUGACGUUUGUGCCACGUAUUGGAGCCGAAACAGGACAAGUAAACGAUAGCAGUGAGUGAAAUAUGGAAAAAGUAAGCAAGUUGAACCCCUCUCUGCGAGCUAUUUUGCGGCUGCGAGCUCAUUCCUACAACAUCUCCCCAGCUGGUCACUGUAAACAACUUUUGUCGCUAGGGCGUCCUCGGUCUCCUUUAUCUCAGUGUUUCCCUUCUCUGUGGGUGUGUAGCUCAACUCUGCCGUCAUGGGUGUUAUCAGGAACUCAAUGAACAGGGCUCCGGUCAUCAGCUUCAGCGACGAAUCAAUUAACUCACUUGGUAUCAGCCAGCCUGCCACCCCUCCCUCUGAGCCUGAGACAGUAGAAGGGGAUGUUGCUGUGCCAUUUGUGCCCCAGCGGCGUGACCCAGCACAGCUCCUGCAGCGGCUGGAACAGCACCAGCACAACCGCCACAGUGGGGCCAGGCGCAGCAGGAGAGCCAAUAAUGCCCGGGCACUCCAGACACUUGUAGAAGAUGAGCUUGAGGAUUCCUUGGAGCCUACUAUUGCUGAUUUUCUCCCCAAGGCUGAAAAUGCUUUCACCAAACUUCUCACGGACUCCAACAACAUGCGGGUGUGGCAAUACUUCAUUACCCGUAAUGAACAGGAGCAGCAGGACUACCUGGAGAGUGUGUCACCCAAGACUCACCACAGGAACAAUGGCAAGGGACCAAGUGGAUUCUCCUUCACGCAGAUAAACAGUGAAACCUUGGAAGAAAACCUUCCUGGUGCUGAAGAUUUCACAGUGGUGCCGCAGAUGAGUGACUGCCGCAACCUUCACCCAGCAUACACUGAGGUGCACAGAUUCUCUAUGAUGGAGACUCAACUGCAGUCACUCCUUAAGAAGAAGCACCUUCCUCUGGGUGUUCUGUCAUACCUUGAGGAUGAAAUUGUGGAGAUAUUUGCUAGUGAUCCACUUUCCAUCUACAUCACCUCUGAGUUAAGCAGCUUUGAGCGCCUCCUGCUGCAUGCCCUCUGCCAGUACAACUUCCUCCGCUCUAAAAGCACUACCCUAGCUGGAGCAAGAAGAACUAAGGUUGAAAAUUCCAAUAAGUGUUUCCACGUACCUGAGAUGUCACUCACUUCGUACAUUGAUAAGUUCUACAGGAGCUAGUAAUGGAGUACGCUGACACACGCUGGCCAAGGACACUGGAACUGGACAGUCAUGGAACUGGUAGAUAGUUGUAAUGGGCAGCCUUGCAGCUAUUUUAAAAGUGUUUUGCUUAGAUAUAUUUUAACAUUAAUUUAAGUUAAUGAAGUGACAAAUUUAUGUACUUACUACAGUAUAAGUAACUUUGCUUACCAAGUCCAUCCUUUUGACCAUGAUCUAAUGCCAGCCUCUCAUAUCACUGGCAUUGCAGAGGCACAGUGACUUGUAGUGACUUGACAUCACUACCAGCUUGACAGUUGUUACAUGGUGCCACAGGUUUGUAUUGUGCUGCCAUGAUCAGACAGACAUUCGUAACUUCUCAGGUAAAUAAUAGUUCAUCAUAAUAUCAGCCAAGCGGUGCACUUCUUGGAUUUACAGUCUCCUUUAGGGUCAGGGAGCCUUAUGUGAUGCAGUGUUAGUAGUACAAUGAGCAUGAGCUUAAUGGCCCAUAUUAUCCUGUUUUACGUGAUCAUGCAACAUUCAACUGGGAAAUGGCAGCACGAUUUUGAUCCAGAUGUAACUGUGUUCAUCAUAAGUGUGUUCAUCCAAGAUUUAUCAAAGAUCAUACUGAAAUUCCAUACUGCCAUUGUUUUUGAGUAAUUUUGGUCAUUCAUAGUGGCUUUAUCAAAGGAGUGUUUAUUGUGUGUGGCUUGCUUAGUGUUUCCAGCACCUGGAUGUUAGUAAGUAAUUAAGUAUCCCACUUUUGUGAAUAUAUAGUAUAGUGCAUAUUCAGAUUUAUUAAUACAUUCAUUAUUACAUGGAUGAUAAUAUUUUUUAUAGUUGUAACAUAACACAAAGUUCUUUUAUGAAAAUUGUAUCAAAUGUCAGUUAAUGUUCAUUAUAUUAAAAUUAAUAAUUACAACAUUAUUUGUAUAGUCUUAAUAUAAGGUUGUGUUUGCUCUGUCAUGUAUGCCAUGACACUGAAUCUUUAUGUUAUCAGUUUGCUGUUUUAAGUUUAUUACAUAUGAAAGCUUGAAAGUACUGCAGCAUUUAUAGUUUCAUAUUCCCAAGACCAAACAUCAUUUAAUGCACUAAUACAUUAUAAUUUAUUAUCUACUCGCCUAAUUCUAACUUUAGUUCUAAUUAAAAAUGACGUUUUUAUUACAUAAAGAUCACAAUAAGUUUGAUAAACUAUUUCCAUAUCUGUAAGUAAGUAUCUUCCAGGUACAAAUCUUCCUUAAUUAUAAUCACCUAUAAAUAUAUGAGUUCUGUGCUAAAGCAAAGCCAUGAGUAUGAAUCUUGAAUAGAGGAGAGGAACACCAAACAUUCCUUGAGGAUGUGACACACAGAGUGCAACAGUCAGGCUGGCAUGCACACAUCUCAGGGAGAAAAGGUGACAGCUGUUGAAAAGUUCAGUGAAGGUCAUCCAUGAAUUAUGAAAGUUCCUGUUAACACAUUUUUUUUUUAAUUCACAGCUUGUGUCAUGCAAAGUGAAGGAGUUUACAUUCAUGUCAAUAAUAUUUUUUAAAGUAUAUUACAAUCAUCCUGUUUUAGGGUGGGUAAAAUAUGCCAGCAAUACUUCCAUACCACUCGUUCAUUUCCCUUUUGUGCUGCUGUUGUUGAAAUACUGUUGUGGUGACUACACUAAACUCACCAUAUCCAGCUGCUUCAUUACUCACAAAUAUUUUGCUCUCAGGAAUAUCUGAUUUGAAACAUUCAGUGUCGCAUCUGGACUAAAUAAGCAAUCGUGAAUCCAUUAAAUAAUAGCAGGAGUAUCAUUUGUGUCAUGUAAGUGACCCUAAUACACAAGCCAUUCCAUCAUAACCAUGAAGAAAAACUGCCUAAGAAACAUUGAUGUUUUUGUUAAUGUGGGACUGUUUAUGAGCAACAAAUAUUCCUAUAUGUUAUGCACAGAAAUACACACAACAGGUGCUCUUGUGAUUUGUUACUCUGAUUAAUCAUUCCAUGAAAAUGUACAGUGUUGGCGCUACAUCCAGGCACUUCCCCUCGCAGGAUGCAUUUGUCCUUUACUGACGCUUGAUUGGGAAUAGAUGUUUGAUGUUUGUUUGGCAAGAAUACCAAUCUUAGUGUUUGCUUCAGAUAGGCACCUUCAAUAUAAAUAACAAAGCCAUCUGGCCAGUACAUACUACUGUGUACAUAAGAAAAUAAGCAGCCUCCCUCCUUUGCUAGUGUCCUAAUGCCACUCCUCUGCAAUUAUGAGAAGCUUGUAUUUUUUUUUUUUUUUUUUUUUUUUUUUAGUGGUGUUAUUGUUACGAGAAAUAACUGAAGUAUGCAUGUAUAUUUAUAAUCUCCAAUUUUUUCUUGUUUCAUGUAUUUUAAACAGUAUGCUUCUUGCUACUGCUGUUUUUUGCAUUUGGGAUUCCUUGAAAGUCGUAGAAGUGAUGGUAGUUAACCUAGCUUCUAAGGGUGUGGACUUACAAACCUGCCAGCAUUCACUCAUUCUUGUUCAGUAGAUGGAACAUGCUUUGCACUACUAAAGAGCUUAAUGAACACUGCCAAACUCUAUCAGCACCAGGCACUUUGCCUAAUUAGUUAGUUACAAGCCUCAUGGGCAACUAAUCCAUACUAAUGAAAAAAAUCUGAGCAUGAUCUUACACACACCCUAAUGCACUAGAUAUUCAUACUUUUUUUAAUACUCUAUUCUAACAUCGAAAAUUUAGUUCUUGCAAAUUACAUGCACACAUAGAUCAAAUAACAUGUGGUAAACAAGCUGUUGCUGCAUAACAAAUAGUAAUCUAGAACAGCAUCUGUAACAGUACUUACUGUAAAGUAAACAAUGAAAUAAU